GCCCGGAAAGAACUCCGGUUGGAUUAAGUUACCGACUUGAUAGCUGUUAAAAAACUGCUGUAAUACGGCUUGAAGUUAAUUUAAGCGAUAGUGAUUUACGGCUGGUGGUUAGAUUAUGGAGAUAAACUGUUUGUGCUGUUCGAAUUAUAUUAUUGGUUUAGUUGGUUUUUAAAUAAAGAAAAGACAUUGUAAAGGAAUAAACAAUUUCGUAUUAAACAAGUAGUGACCAUGAGGGAGAAGGUGUUAUAUAAUUUAUUAAUUGUGUUAUUUUGGAUUCAUUUCUCACAUGCUGCGCAGCCGAAAGAGGUUGUUGUUGCCAUCGACUCUCACGCCAAAACACAAUAUCAUGAGGCUGAUUUCGGAAACAGCGCUUACGAUUUCGGUUAUGAGGUUGGACCAAAUGGACAAUUUCACCACGAAACUCGUGGACCCGAUGGAGUUACUUAUGGUUGCUAUGGGUACAUAGACCCAGAAGGAUAUUUAAGGGCCACUUCCUAUGUCGCAGAUUCUAUGGGUUAUCGUGUUGUAGAACCGAAUACUGAUAUAGAAAUAUUUCCAGAAAACUCUAGCAGUGGAAAACAACUAGGAAACGUAAAUGACAAUUUGCCUAGGAAAGGGAGAUUUACGGCAUGGAAAGACCUCUAUUUCCCGACCGGUUGUGGAAUGUUCGCGGGUGGCAUUAAGCUUGGACAGAAGGUGACUUUGCCGCUUCCUUCCUCGGUAGCAGGUCCAGAAUCACACAAACUGGCUUCGGCUGGUUCAGGAAACGCUGUACAGUCAACAUCUAGUGAUUUAGGAAAACCAUCGAAACAAAAGCCAGUUACCUAUGAUAAAGGACAAUACAAACCAGAUUCAUCUAAAGCGUCUGAAAUUGGAAAAUACAAAGCAGAUAAAAAUAAACCGGAUCAAAGUGGACAAUACAGACCCAGUGCAGAGAGAUUGGGCGGUAGUGGAGCCCCUCAACAAUAUGGUAAAUUAGGAACUACAGGUGGUCUUGGCGGGCAAAAUGGUUUAGGUGCUUUAGGACUAUCUGGUCCAGGAAAUUCACCUAGAACUGACUUUAGUAGACCAGGAAUCUUUGGUAGUGCAAGUAAUUUAAGUGGACCGAAAGGCGUGAAAGGACAAGAUGCUUCAGGUAGUAGCGGUAAAUAUAAACCAGAUAAGUUUAGGUCGGAUCAAAGUGGCCGAUAUAGACCUGAUAACACUGGCCAAUAUGUUCAUCAAGCUGGACCUGAUGGACCUGAAGCUCAAAAUUACAUUCAUCAAGGUGGUCCAGAUGGCAGUUUAGGUGGAUUUGGUGGAUUGGGUGGUUCAGGUUUGGGCGGGCCAAAGGGCACACAAACUUUUGGCGACGCUAAAGGUCCAAAAGGCCCAGGUGGUCCACAAGGUCCAGGUGGUCCACAAGGUCCAGGUGGUCUACAAGGUCCAGGUGGUCCACAAGGUCCAGGUGGUCCACAAGGUCCAGGUGGUCCAAAAGGUCCAGGUGGUCUACAAGGUCCAGGUGGUCCACAAGGUCCAGGUGGUCCACAAGGUCCAGGUGGUCCACAAGGUCCAGGUGGUCCACAAGGUCCAGGUGGUCCACAAGGUCCUGGUGGUCCACAAGGUGGUCCACAAGGUCCAGGUGGUCUACAAGGUCCAGGUGGUCCACAAGGUCCGGGUGGUCCACAAAGUCCAGGUGGUCCACAAGGUCCAGGUGGUCCGAAAGGCCUUGGUGGUUCGAGUGCAACAGGAACGGGUCUGGGAAUUCCGGGAGGCCAACAAGUUCCAGGUUCAUCUGGUUUCGGUGGUGCAGUUCGUCCUGGCGGUAUAUCUACUCCAAUUGGCACAGUCUUUGGCAAACCCGGUGGCUCAGGAAUAAAGGGCACUGGUAGUUUUGGGAGUGUAUCAAGCAUCACUAAAGGUGCUGGUGGUCAGAAUGCAUUAGAUCAAAGAAGCAGAUAUAGACCCGACAAAUAUAAUCCAGAUGAAAGUGGUCAAUAUAAACCGGGUAAUGAUGGUCAAUAUGUUCAUCAAGCAGGACCAGAUGGACCAGGAGCAAGAGAUUACAUACAUCAAGGGGGUUCAGGUGGCGGGUUUGGCGAUUUUGGUGGAUCGGGAAGACCUGGAGGACCCGGAGGUCCGAUAAAAUUCGGUGAAUCUGGAGGUCCAAAGGGCGUUGGUGGUCUUGCUGGAAUAGGAGGUUCGAGAGGCCCGGGCGGUCCAAAAGGCUCAAGUGGGAUAGGUGGUCCAAGCGGAACCGGUGGUCCCGGCGGGUCAGGUAGUCCAAGCGGACUAGGUGGUCCAAGUGGGCCCGGUGGUCCAGGAGGACCCCACGGCCCGAGUGGGCUCGGUGGUCCUGGAGGACCCCGUGGUCCAAGUGGGCUCGGUGGUUCAGGAGGACCCCGUGGUCCAAGUGGGCCUGGUGGUCCAGGAGGGGCUGCUGGUCCAACAGGCCCAGGAGGCCCAACAGGUUUAGGUGGUCUAGGCAUUCAAAGUAUUUCAAGCAACUUUGGAAGUGCUGGAAAAUUACCGGGUAGCACAGGAAGCUUAAUUAGACCAGGCGGUUUUAUCAAAGAGCCACAACAGUUUGGGGCUUCUAAGGGUACGAAAGUUUCAACACCGGGUGGCUCUGACAGUCCUGCAAGAACUGGCGCCCCAUCUGAAAGCGGUCGAUAUAGACCAGAUAAGUUUAAAUCGGAUCAAAGUGGGAAAUAUAAACCGGACAGUGAUGGUCAAUAUGUUCAUCAAGCUGGGCCAAGUGGACCAGGAGCACAAGAUUACAUACAUCAAGGAAGUCCAGGUGGCGGCUUUGGUGGAUCCGGAAGACCUGGUAGACCCGGGAGUUCGAUAGGAUUUGGUGGUCCAGGUGGCACAGAAGGUUCGAGAGGCGCGGGCGGUCCAAAAGGUUCAGGUGGUCCAAGCGGUUUCGGUGGCCUAAGUGGACCUGGUGGUCCUAGCGGGCUCAGUGGUCCAAGCGGAUCCGGUGGUCCAAGUGGGCCUAGUGGUCCAAGUGGGCCUAGUGGUCUAAGUGGGCCUAGCGUUACAAGUGGGCCAAGUGGUCCAAAUGGGCCAAGUGGUCCAAGUGGGCCAAGUGGUCCAAGUGGGCCAAGUGGUCCAAGAGGUUCCGGUGGUCCGAAAGGUGUAGGUGGUCCGAAAGGUGUAGGUGGUCCUGGUGUUGGAAGUCCUGCGAUAACAGGCGUCCCAUCUGAAAGUGGUCAAUAUAGGCCAGAUAGAUAUAAACCGGAUGAAAGUGGGCAAUAUAAACCAGAUAAUGAUGGUCAAUAUGUUCAUCAAGCUGGGCCAGAUGGACCUGGAGCUCCAGAUUACAUACAUCGUGAGGGUCCAGGUGAUUUAUGA